CGGACACUUCACCGGAACCUCCAAAGGUUCCGGAUUCGGGUGCACAACCCCUCGCUAGGGAGGGCGAGCCGGCCGUGCCGAUGACCUCCGUUGCGCCAGAGGCGUCAGAUAGUUUGCUGGAAGUGCUUCGCGGCGCUUCCAUGGGUGAAGAGCACCAUACUCUUAUGAGUGCGGUGAUUCAGAAGGUUCGGUCUGCCAAAAGAGGAUUGACCGAAGCCUGCACCAGCCUCCUGACAGGCUUUGAGGCGGUGCUGCUUGCCGCUGCUGCCUGGACAACAGAGGUCGCCGGACUCGAACGGGACCUGAAGCAGGCCGAAGAGGAGCUCGGCCUCACGAAGAGGCAGCUCGAAGAGAACAAAGGGGCCGCGACCGAAGUGGCGGCUCUGAAGAAAGCGCUAUCCGAGGCCGAAGGUAAGGCAGCCAUGGAGGCAUUGAGCGGCCUUUAA